AUUGGCACCUGGCGGUAAUCCUGAUCAUUUCCCUGUCCUCUAUAAAAUCCUCUCCUAUUAAACAGAAAACUAGGGACAAAAAUCGCCAGAUAUUGAAAAAUUAAUCCCAAGAUUGCAAUCCACGCCAAAAUCCAACAAAAGUCCCAACAAUAGAAAUUAGAUUUUUAUUUUUAAGAAGCUCUUGCUGCUGCCAAAUUUGAUUCGCUCCUCUUUUGUUUGUAAUGAAAGAUCUCGUCACUUUACAAGAUCAGUCGCUGAUGAUGAUGAAGAAGAAGAAGAGCAAGGUCCGGGCCUCGAAGAGGUCAUUAGGGCUCUCGGCCAUGGCGGAUCCUUGCGUUUCUUGCACCACCUUCAACAUUUUGGCCCCAAUAUAUAAAAGACUCGAUAAGGAGGACCAGAGCUGCAGAGAGAGCCAAUAUAGGGCUUAUUGGUUUAGCAGGAACCAGAGCAUUAUUGAUCGAUUGCUCGAUGAUCGAUCCUCGAUCAUUUGCCUUCAGGAGGUGUGGUUGGGAAAUGAGGAAUUUGUAGAUAUGUAUGAGAAAAGGCUUGGAGACGCAGGGUAUAUUAGUUUGAAGCUUGCCCGAACAAACAAUCGAGGCGAUGGACUUCUCACUGCUGUACAUAGGGAUUAUUUUAGGGUUCUAAACUACAGAGAGUUACUAUUUAAUGAUUUUGGAGAUCGGGUUGCUCAGCUGUUGCAUGUUGAAUCAGUGCUUCCGUUUUGGCAGAGUCGAAAUGGGAGCAUUCAGCAACAAGUGCUUAUUGUAAAUACUCAUUUGAUAUUUCCUCAUAACUACAGCCUUUGUAUUUUUCGCUUGCACCAGGUAUACAAAAUUCUUCAGUGCGUAGAUUCCUAUCAGAAAGAAAACAGACUCAAUCCUACGCCUAUCAUACUUUGCGGCGAUUGGAAUGGAAGUAAACGAGGACACGUCUACAAGUUUCUUAGGUCGCAGGGGUUUGUAUCAUCAUAUGAUACUGCUCAUCAGUACACUGACAGUGAUGCAGAUGCACACAGAUGGGUCAGCCAUCGCAAUCACCGUGGAAAUAUAUGUGGAGUUGAUUUCAUAUGGCUUCGUAAUCCUGAUAAGUAUCAGAAGCCCCUCAAAACAAGUUGGAAUGAAGCUCUGCUUGGGAUGGUCAAGUACUUGCUCUGUGUAGCUUCUCUUACAGAGGAAAAUGCAUUUGCCUUUCUUAAAGGAGAUAGUCCUGGUGAUUAUAUAACGUUCUCGGGAUUUUGCCAAGCACUCUGNCAGUUGGGAAUAACAGGCCAUUCUCAGUGUCUUAGUCCAAAAGAGUUAGAGGAGUUAUGGGCCCAGGUUGACAUGGAAGGCAAUGGUGUCAUCAACUACCAAGAAUUCCAGCAUCGAAUUUGGAACCCUACACUGUUGGAGAAGCCGAAGGAAAAUCCUGAAGUUGGCAUUAAUGAGCCAGAGGACAAGAAAAAGGGCAUUGAGGAGGAGCAAGCUUUUGGUUUUAAAGUGAAGAAUGCAGUUCUCUUCCCUCCAGAGGUAGAGAAAGGAACAUGGCCAGAGGAUUACUCUCUUUCAGAUCAUGCACCGCUCACCGUAGUGUUUUCUCCUGUUGUGAGAAUGCGCCGUUGCUCAUAACCAAUCCUAUUGACCUUGUGUGGCAGUGUACAGAAUCUGGUAAUAUCACUUUUUUAUAAUACAGUUUUGGGAGCAUGAGUAGAGAUAACCUAGGUUUAGUGGCAGAAAUACUGCAUGCUCUGAUCAAUGAAGAGAUAUGAGAAGUGUACAGGUUGCAAUUGCAUAGUUCUCUGUUUCCCUAUUGAACCUUAUUUUUGCUCCUUGUAAUUAAACACACUGAUUAAGAUCAUCAGUAUGCGACUCUUGUUGAUUAUUUCACUAUUUCUUGUUGAUUCA